UUUUCUUUUCUGAUUUUCAUUUCGUCGAACAAUGGCGACCAAUUUGAUUCGUCGAGCGAUAAAUAUUAAAUCGCGCGUGUCGUCGUCGACGGUUUAUACGGAAGCCCCGGCGUCGAGGAUGGUGUUGGACCGUCCCUACGCCAGCGAGGUUGAAGCUCAAAAGGUGGAACCGAAAGCCACCGGCGGUUCCAACAUGAAAACCUUCCAAAUUUACCGAUGGAACCCGGAAAACCCCUCGAAACCCCAACUACAGGACUUCAAAAUCGACUUAAAAGAAUGCGGACCCAUGGUGCUCGAUGCCUUAAUCAAGAUCAAGAACGAGAUGGAUCCGACGCUCACUUUCCGUCGCUCCUGCCGUGAAGGAAUCUGCGGUUCUUGUGCAAUGAACAUCGACGGUUGUAACGGGCUAGCUUGCCUUACCAAGAUUGAAUCUGGAGCGUCGGAGACGACGAUUACGCCGUUGCCGCAUAUGUUUGUGAUAAAAGAUCUGGUGGUUGAUAUGACCAACUUUUAUAAUCAGUACAAGAGUAUUGAGCCUUGGUUGAAGAGGAAGAAUCCACCGCCUGCGGCGGGAAAAGAGAUUCCGCAGUCUAGAAAGGAUAGAGCGAAGUUGGAUGGCAUGUAUGAGUGUAUUUUGUGUGCUUGUUGCAGUACGAGCUGUCCAAGCUAUUGGUGGAAUCCUGAAUCUUAUUUGGGUCCUGCUGCUUUGCUUCACGCAAACAGAUGGAUAAGUGACAGUCGUGACGAAUACACAAAGGAGAGAUUGGAUGCCAUAAACGACGAGUUUAAGCUGUAUCGUUGCCAUACAAUAUUGAACUGCGCUCGUGCUUGCCCCAAGGGUCUGAAUCCAGGAAAACAGAUCCAACACAUCAAGCAGCUUCAGCUCACUGCUGGUGCUUAAAGUUUCAUACUUUACAAUAAUUUGUUGUGUAUUAAACCAGUUAAUCUGGAUUGUUUUUGUGAGGACUCCUUGAUGCCAAUAAUUGUAUUCUGUAUUUAGAACCCUUGUUCAUUUGGUAUAAUGCCAAAUUUGAUCAUU